GGAACUUGUCCCGAUUGAGCGGCUGUAACCAGACUGACUAUUAGAGGCUAAUCUCUGCGUUGAACGUUGAAGGCGAAGGUCACACUCGCACAUCGAUCACAGUAAUCAUUUUUUACGGAUAACGAGGAAUUUUCUCGUCACAUUACGGUCAUCUAUGAUAACUGCAAGAUUACUCAACAUGCAAAUGAAGUUUUAAGAUGGCUGAAGUUGGUCUGUACUGUCUUACUCUUAGGAAAAUCGGCCACCAAUGGUUUGGAUCAACCAUCAGUGACUGUGUCCGUCAUGCAUGUUCGUGUUUGAGAAUUAUUAGAUAGAUGAUACGCAGUUUGCCAAAAAAGCAAGAUGGCUGAUUAUUUCCGGGGUAGGCCUACCAAGACUAGAGCCCUUUGAAGUUGUAAGACCAGAUUGAUCCAGUUUUGAAAAACAUGUCGGACGAGCAAGGUCGUCAUUCUAGACUCAACGAAAAUGACAGCCAUCAACAGCACCAGCAGCUAUUGUGGGGGCUCAAGUUCACCGUUGAGGGGUUGUUAGCAGCGCAUACUACCAACGUGUGGUCUACUUACGGUGGACUUACAAGGCUGUGUAACCAAAUAGACAAAGUCAUGCGACAUGGUCUCAAACAGCCAAAGGGAGCUCCGUACUCAUCAAUGAGUGGAGAUUACUGGGACUUUGUCAUGGGGUUGCGUCGUCUGCAGCCUGUGCUAGCACCCUCUGUCGAUCGUUUGCACAGACGGUCUACGGAGCAGGGCAUGGAUGCAGGAAGUUUGUGGCUUCACACCAGUCUGGAGGCGCAUACCCUCUCCAGCCAGCUCAGGCUCCUAGUGGACGACAAAGAACAUCUCAGCAGAUAUUAUCAUGAUGAUGCCUUUCUUUGUAGUGAAGCCCACUUCAAGGCACUGUACAUUUGCCUCCAGUCUGUAGAGCAAAACAAUGCUUCACUUCUAGCUGAUAUGGAUCCAAUGCUGCUCUCUUGUCUGUACUGUCAUGUGUUGCAAGACAGCAUGCCGUCGGCAAGCAGUGGAAUGAGGCGCUCAUCUCUUGUAGGCCCUGCGAUGGACAGGAGCAGUGUUGACCAGCCUCACCGGAGGAAGGUUUCAGCGGAGGAGAUUCAACCCCCAGCCUUUGCCUCGCCCAAAACUGAGAGUGUCUUGUCGACAUCUGAUGAGCAUGCUCGGCCAGACCCACAGACCCUUAAGAGGCACCAAUCGGAGUCUGCUCGCACGAUGCUGCUGUCAGUAUUGGGCAACUCCAGUCCGAACGGGUCCAUCUCAAGAGACACGGACCAGCUCCCCAAAACAGUGAACGACCCCUUGAUGAAUUUGGAAUUCCCCACCAGGGACGGCACCACCUCCCCACCCCGGAGAAAAAUCCUAAGGAGGGCCAGGACAACCGGCGAUUUACUGGCGCCAAGUUCAGUGUCUCAGAACAAAGAACCCAAACUGCCAUUUGAGUACAGCUCCUCACCUCAAGCUGAGAAGCUCCUUGAUAGUCUUGGGAGUAGCCCUCUCGAAUCCUUACAUGAAGAAGACAGUACCAGAGAAAACUGUCAAUGCAAUAGCCAACCUGCCUCCCUAGGAGAUUCAACCAACCAGAGGAGUGAAAUCUCUGAGGUCAAGAGCACAGACUUAUUAAGCGAAACUACCUGUAGCAUCUGUGGAAAGAAAAGACGGAGCGAGAUGAGCAGUGUGAGUAAACUCUUGAGUAGGACUUCUUCCAGUUUGAGUCCACCACAAGCGAAAGGCAGCAUGUACACCAAAUCGGGCCGACCACUGAGACACUCGCAGACCAGUCUGAGCCUAGCAGGGAACGCUGCCAAGACGAAGAGGCUCUUAACUCACUCACGGUCACAGUCAGAUCAUGCCAUCAAGCCGCCGCUAGCAUACAUGGCAGAGGCUUCAGCAGGCAUCAGAUCAGCUGAUAAAACCAGCAACUCCUUACCAGCAGAAAGCCACCUUGUAUCACCACGCAGAAAUAGCUUACUGGACUCGGGUGCCAUUUCCCCAGCCACAGAGUGCUAUUUCCCCCAGCCAGCCCAGGGACAAUCUCUAAUGAGCUUCCUGUCUUCCAGAGACUUUGAACGAAUCCCCGAGUUGGACAGGGAGAACGCCCACUUUAGCAUAUCGGAAGCGAUCAUUGCGGCUGUGGAACAGAUCCGAUGCAAGCAGCAACUCACCUCAGUCUCAGAUCAUGAGUCAGAUGCAUCAGAUGAGGAGAUCCAACACCUGAAGCAACGCAUCAGGCUGCGACGUAACGAGAAACGACGGGACAAACUGCGGGGUGGCAUUCGUCAACUGGCAACAUUGGUCAGCGAGAACAGGAGUGACAGUGGUUUAAACACCUUGACCAGUUCAGCCAGCACACUAGCUUCAAGCAGUUCUAACAGCACACCUCGAGAUACAGCAACAGAAAGUGGAGAAGAUUCUUCAGACACUGAUUCUGUGGAGGAUCUGGACCUAGCUGAUCCCAAACAGUCUAACCUGCAAUCUCUCCAGGCAAUGGGAUUGAGCACAUCACUGGCGUCACUCUAUUCAGAUGCCGACAUUGCUAGGGUGUCUUCCCCUAUAGUACCGCCUGGUGAAUUCUCCCCGACGCCAAACAGCAACAUGCUGUCGGCAGAGUCUGUCGCCCUGUGCCUUCUGAGCAAGUUCCCUGCCAAGCAGCUUCCAGCCGCCUCCGAGCUGCAGUGGUUGGUGUCCGAACAAGAUGCACCCCAGGCACUGUUGCCAAUGCCUAAGUCUCUACCUGUGUCUCCUGAUGACGGUGAAAAUGCUGACAUAUACACCAAGAAAAAUAUCAAAAAGACUUCCCUAUAUCGCAGUCAGUCUUUCGAUCAGACACGAUUACGCGGCAAUGCGGAUUGGGCACCACCCAGAGCUCAGAUCAUAUUCAAUGUCCAUCCUCCUCCGAAGAGGAAGGUUCUAGUUGCCAAGCAGAACUAUCGCUGUGCAGGUUGCGGAAUGCGGAUAGAACGAGGUUCUGUGAAGAGAUUGAGAUACUGUGAAUACCUGGGCAAGUACUUUUGCCACUGUUGUCAUAGCAACAGCUCAGCAGCUAUCCCCGGUCGCAUCCUGCGUAAGUGGGACUUUCAGAAAGUUCCUGUCUGUAACUUUGCAAGAGAGCUACUGGAGAAGAUGCACGAGGACCCGUUGUUUAAUGUCAUGGAUAUAAAUCCCUCACUCUACCGAAGGGUCAAAUCCCUCAAUACAUGCAGAGAACUGAGGAUGCAGCUUUUCUUCUUGAAGGACUUCUUAAAGACCUGCAGACUAAGUCAGAGUCUCCAGGCCACAUAUGAGUCCCAACCUCGCCAUCUACUCAACGAGCCCCACCUGUACUCACUGAGUGACAUCUACCGAGUACGCGGUGGUGAGAUGGAGACAGACUUGACACAGCUGGUAGAGGAUGCAGUCGCUCACGUCAGUCAGUGUCAGUUGUGUCAGGCCAAAGGCUUUAUCUGUGAACUGUGCAGCAAUGAUCAGGACAUUAUCUUUCCCUUCCAGCUGCUGAAAACGUAUCAGUGUCAAGGUUGUUGGGCUUGCUAUCACAAGACCUGCUUCCUGACCGUCGAUUCUUGCCCCAAGUGCAUUCGAAAAAAUGCCAGGAAGAUCAGCCGAGACUCUAACCUAAAAGGAGGCAUUUUUAGUGACGAGGAAGAUGGUGAGCAAGCCACCGGUAAAAGGUGAUCUCCUGCAAGAGAGAUAAAGAGAGCGAUUUCGGAGGCAUCUCAAGGACAAGGAGGGAGAUGUUCUCCCAAGUAGGGAUGGCAAGAUUACAGGAAGUCACCACCCUUCUGGAAUGGGAAACAUGUCUCUCCAAGAGGAGGUCAAUUGAGCACCUGUUUAGCAAUGAGAUCAGAGUGGUAGCUUCAUUGGAAACCUGUCAGGGAUGCCUAGUUGACUUGCUCAUUGUAUUGGACAGUGCUAAGCACUUUUGGGUAUUUCCAGAAAUUAGGGGUCCAAACGUGUGACAUUUUUGUGGUCCUGCUACAUCUGACCGUUGUUAUUUGGCAUGGAAGUAUCACCAGAAUUGUUUUCAAACUAUUACUAUUUGUUUGGUAGGUAAUUUGCAUUAAUUCAUCACUCUUGGAAAUUAGAAAAUGCGUUCUGAACUUACACAGUCAUGUGACUGGGACACAACAAUAAAAAAUGGACCCCUAAAUUCUGGAAUGACCCCCAUUUUACUUCAAAUGUUGAUGAGAGAUGUUGCAGGGAGAGCAAAGGGGCGUUCUCAAGGUCACAUGAGGUGAGAGAGAUGGUUCUCUCCCCCUCUUAUCUCACCCCCUCUUCCCCUCCCCUUCCUGAUGGGUAACUCUGAAUAUCAGCCCUGUUUGGGGAUUGAGCAGAAUCCCAAAUUGCUAGGAUUUUAGGCUACGUUUUUCACACCCUUUUACCGACAACGGGCCAAUAGAGCUUGAGGGAUACCUCUUCAUCAACAAGCUCUACCGAGUUAUAUAGGAAAUAAGAUCCUUGCAUGCCAAGUCGUUUCCUGUGCUUUUACAUACAUCGCAAUUAAUUGUGACACAUUCCAAAUACAUAUGUCUGUUAUUCGUAAUAUUUUGUCAACAAAUUACUGCAUGAAACCUUCAGAAGCUAUCGAUCUAGGUGGAUUUUCUAUCAGUUCAUUUUAAAUAAUGUCCAACAAUACUUAACACCAAGCUGUAAAGCAAACUAUAGCCAGUAAAUCUCAUACCUCAAGUGAGUUUAAAGACGAGGUUAUUUCUUAGUGCGUCACCGUGAGGCAUACCAAGAUAGGACGACCGUAAACUCUGACUUUAUAUGAUCAGUUAUAUGUAAAACUCCAAUAAAUUUUGGUGCAUGGUUACAUUAAUCAAUGAUGUCAUUUGUUUGCUCUAUGUCCAAUAUCACACACCUCCAUCAGAUUCAUCUUAUUUUGUCAAAGUUUAAAACAAAGAAGUGUAAUACGUCAUAAGUUAUUUGCACGUUGAAAAUCGUUGACAUCCAUAUAUAUAUUUGACUUUCUGAUUAACAACUUGCCUUAGAACGACUUCCAAUACUAUGUCCAAAGGUGUAAUUGACAUUAAGUGCUUAUGCAUGAAGGCUGUUCAGUGGAAACAAAGGAUACGGUACUAUAAUGACAUAAGCUGGAUAGCACUCGACUUGCAAGCAUAAACUAGAGUGAUAGCCUGAGACCGUGUGCUAGAAGGGUUGAAUUUUCUCAUAAAAGCAGCUUCACACCUUGCCGAGGCUCCAUGCAGUCCCGUCACGGGGGGGAGGGGGCUGGAACUCCCUUAAGGGUAGCUUUACUGGCAACAAAUCAGAAGCAUUAGGAUUGUCUAUUGUUCUUAUAACGUGCCCUCCCAGUUGGUACUGUGCCAACCUCACCCCCAUGCCUGAAGCUUUCGACGGGGCUGGCCUCCAAAAGUCGGAAUCAAUUUUGAUGGUCCUGAUGACUUUCUGGAAAUUUUGGGGACUUUUUUUAUUGACUGCUGGAAUCUCAAACAAUUUUCUAGAAGUCUUCAAACCUUGCAAACUAUUCAGCACAUUAUCCACGGACCUUGAAAUACUUAGUCCGUAAUCUGGAACAGGACUCGUAUAAUUUAAGAAUUGUACGGCUGCCUCAACACACACUUUUUUUAUUGAUCUGUGAAAUGAUACAACUCAACACCACAUUAAACUAUCAAGAAAUAAACUUUAUAAUUAUUUAAUAAGUCGUUAUUUAUGCAAUGUAUUUUCACGUGUUUUGAGAUCCUCAGUACACUACUAGUGUCUUGUUAAUUCGAAAACAAGAAUUGUUCGUUAAUUAACAGGAUAUGAUUUAUUAAAUGAAUUAGUUUAUUACAUAUAUGUAUAUUUGAUGAAACAUCCAUAAUUCAUCAAUAAAUGCGAAACUGAAGUUCAGUCAGGUGCCAAGUGGA